GGCGGGGGAGGCGGUUAAAGGAGUCGCCCGAGGCUACGGCGCGGGUGAUGUCAGCUCUCGACGAAAAUAGAGAGGGAUCGCCUGCAAAUCCCCAGCUCCGGCGGGGCUAAACCUUGCAAUCCCUCCCGGCCGGCGCCGAGCCAGAGCGCAGGGGCCUCCGCCGCCUCCCCCGGCGCGCACAGCCCCGGACACGCGCGCACGCUCGCCACACUCCCCCGCUCUCACGCCGCCGGCCCCGCAGCAAAGCACAGGUGGCGGCGGCGGGGGCGCGCCGUUGGCUCGCUCUCUCUUACAGCCCCAGAGACAGUGCUGACCGCGGGCAGCCAGCCUCGGUUUCCCCCAAGCGUCUCUCCGAGCGCCACGGCGACGCGCGGAGGGGAACGCCGGGCGCGCGCCGUGGAGAGCUGGGACGUGGAUUAGCGCCCACAGGAGCCUGCAGCGCCCGUUGAGGCGCUAAAGGGCUUACCCAGGAGGGGGGAGGAAGGGCGGGGAGAGAGUACCCCUUAAAUACCGCUCCCCGCCGCGCUCUCAGCUCACCCGGCACCCGCUCGCUCCCUCGCCCGCCGCUUCCGGACUGUGCCGAAGAGGAGGGGGCGUUCCCCAGACCAUGGCAUCCACUGAAGGUGCCAAUAAUAUGCCGAAGCAAGUGGAAGUGCGCAUGCACGACAGCCAUCUCAGCUCAGAGGAGCGGAAGCACCGACACCUAGGCCUGCGCUUGUGCGACAAGCUGGGGAAGAACCUCCUCCUCACCCUGACUGUCUUUGGUGUCAUCCUGGGGGCAGUAUGUGGAGGGCUUCUUCGCUUGGCCUCUCCCAUCCACCCUGAUGUGGUUAUGUUAAUAGCUUUCCCUGGGGACAUACUCAUGAGGAUGCUAAAAAUGCUCAUUCUCCCUCUCAUCAUCUCCAGUUUAAUCACAGGGUUGUCAGGCCUGGAUGCUAAAGCCAGUGGUCGCUUAGGCACGAGAGCCAUGAUAUAUUAUAUGUCCACGACCGUCAUCGCUGCUGUGCUGGGGGUCAUCCUGGUCUUGGCCAUCCACCCUGGGAAUCCCAAACUCAAGAAGCAGCUGGGUCCUGGAAAGAAGAAUGAUGAAGUCUCUAGCCUGGAUGCCUUCUUGGAUCUUAUCCGAAAUCUCUUCCCAGAAAACCUGGUCCAAGCCUGUUUCCAACAGAUUCAAACAGUGACAAAGAAAGUCCUGGUGGCCCCUCAGACAGAGGAGGCCAAUGCCACCAGCACCCUUGUCUCCCUGUUGAACAAGACUGUGACAGAGGCCCCUGAGGAAACAGAGAUGGUUCUCAAGAAGGGGCUGGAGUUCAAGGACGGGAUGAAUGUCUUAGGUCUGAUCGGGUUUUUCAUUGCCUUUGGUGUCGCUAUGGGGAAGAUGGGUGAGCAGGCCAAGCUGAUGGUGGAGUUCUUCAACAUUCUGAAUGAAAUUGUAAUGAAGUUAGUGAUUAUGAUCAUGUGGUACUCUCCCCUGGGUAUCGCCUGCCUCAUUUGUGGGAAGAUCAUCGCAAUCAAGGAUUUAGAAGUAGUCGCUAGGCAACUGGGGAUGUACAUGAUCACAGUGAUCGUGGGUCUCAUCAUCCAUGGGGGCAUCUUUCUCCCUUUGAUUUACUUCGUAGUGACCAGGAAGAAUCCUUUCUCCUUUUUUGCUGGCAUUUUCCAAGCUUGGAUUACUGCCCUGGGCACUGCUUCCAGUGCUGGAACUUUGCCUGUUACCUUCCGUUGCCUGGAAGAAAAUCUGGGGAUUGACAAGCGUGUGACCAGAUUUGUCCUCCCAGUUGGAGCAACCAUUAAUAUGGAUGGCACAGCCCUUUAUGAAGCAGUGGCCGCCAUUUUUAUAGCCCAAAUGAAUGGCGUUGUCCUGGAUGGAGGUCAGAUUGUGACUGUAAGCCUCACAGCCACGCUGGCAAGCGUUGGCGCCGCCAGUAUCCCUAGUGCUGGGUUGGUCACCAUGCUCCUAAUCCUGACAGCAGUGGGCCUGCCGACAGAGGACAUUAGCCUGCUGGUGGCUGUGGACUGGCUGCUGGACAGGAUGAGAACUUCAGUCAAUGUUGUGGGUGACUCUUUUGGGGCUGGGAUUGUCUAUCACCUCUCCAAGUCUGAGCUGGAUACCAUUGACUCCCAACACCGAGUGCAUGAAGACAUUGAAAUGACCAAGACUCAGUCCAUUUAUGAUGACAUGAAGAAUCACAGGGAAAACAACUCUAAUCAGUGUGUCUAUGCUGCACACAACUCUGUCAUAGUAGAUGAGUGCAAGGUAACUCUGGCACCCAACGGAAAGUCAGCCGACUGCAGUGUUGAGGAAGAGCCUUGGAAACGGGAAAAAUAAGGAUCUGACUCUCAGCACAUUCUUGAAUAAACUCCCCAGCAUAUUGUAUGGUAAAAGAUGAUGUAAACAAGCUUUCUUUAAAAAGGAAAAAAACGCAUCUAUUUCUAUGUUUACUUAAUCUGUUAGCUGAGGCUUAGAGGAGCUGUGGCGAGUCUGUGAUGACAGGCACAGUGCUGUGUUUUUGCCAAAUAAUGCUUCAUAACUGGCUAAUUUUCUCACUCGUAUUACGGUUUGAAUGGAUGUGCUGGAGGAAUCCCUUUGAAUUGAAGACGCAUUCUUGCCAGCUUCUCUUCUCUCUCAGUGCAGAACUGUGGAUGCUCUUUUCCCAAGUGACAUGAUAAAAGCAGUGUGGUGCCCUUUGGGGACUUGGGACAGUGAGCAUUCACACAGUGUGUUAGUCUUUAAAGUGUUCCUGUCUUGCCUGUUUUCACACAAGAGAUUCUGCUAAAAGCCUCUAGAAGUAACUCCUGUUCAGUCUUGUAGAGUUUGCACUUGUGCUGAUUAAAAGCUAGUAUCCGUGUUAGGGAAUCCACGCAUCUUACCUUUCGUGUGCUCUUUGAGGUGAAUGUUUCAAAGAGAGUUUUAGUGGGAGCCAUACUCUUACAGGCAGCUCAUUAUGGAACCCAUCGCCUCUCUGCCCUGCCCUAUCUAGUUUGUGUGAAUAAUGGUUAAAAUUUCAAAAGAUGUGUCAUAAUUCUCUCUAAAUUUGACAUCGGGUUAGGAAGUAUUUUGCAUACAACCACCAUAUAUACAUGUUAACAAACUUAAUGGAGUGCAGACGACAUAAAUUUUAACCAGAUUUAACUAUCCAAAUUCAUUUGCAUUUUAUUUGUAUUCAUUUGGCACAGUGAGAUUAUGUGAUUUAUAUUUUUUCUCUUUGUUUCACCCAAAAGAUUUUCAUUUGGGUUUCUAACAAAAAAAUAAUUCUUUGAAUCUCUAAAUGAUUUCCAUUGUAUUCUCAUCCACCUAGACGGGCCGAUCCUUUGUCUUCCACAUAUGGAGGACGCUUGUGUUAGCUGUAUCUCUUUUCGUGUCAUACCUUGAAAAGACGAACUGGUAUCUAACCAAUAUGUAGAAGGCUUUUUGUUAUAUCAAAGCACAUAAAACUAAUUACAGGACAUGGUUGGAAGCAGAGCCAGUCUUCCUCCUCAGUAGGAAAGGAACAGAAAACAAACAUGUACAAAAUCCUAUAAAGGUGAUGUUUCUUUGGCAUAGACCAGCCAGUCUUGGUCCAUGAAGUGAGAACAAAGGAUGACUGCACAACUUCCCAGAUGAAACUUUUCAAGGCUAUGAAAAUUUGUAGGAAUAAAUAAUAUAAUUGGCACAUCAGAGGGCCUUGCAUGUGGAAGGCAGCCAGAAAAUCCUUGAUGAUUGGUUAUGCAAGCUGAAGUUUUGUAUGUCUCUACUACAAUUUUCUAUUGAAUGACCCACAGUAUUUUCCGAAGGUUGCUGGGUUGGAGAGUUAGCUGGGGAUUUGAGUCAUUGAGAGAUAAUGCACAACAGAUUCUAAGAAGUAGGUAGAACAUUAGUCCACAUGUCUACAUCUCCCAUGAGGCCAGCAGAGGGAUGCAGAAGUAUUCAUAAAUAAGUAUAGAAUCCAAAUUCUCUAAGAAUAGGGACUGGUUGGGCAUCACCCACGCUUUAUUACCUAAUCCUUAUCACUUCUGUCUUCCAACCCAUACAGCGUUGGAACAUACAAAAGAUGAGAUUCCAGUUGUUUUUUGCCUCUUAAACCCUAGUUAUUUUUGGAUAUGGAUUGCUACUGAGCAGUAUUAAGCAGAUUUUUAAAAAGACCUUGGUCUUUGUUUUCAUAAGAUGGACAGCUAAUAGAGGGGCUAAGGUCAUGCUCAAAUAUAGUAGAGAGGGAACAUAUCCUUUACAGCAGACAUGUGGGCCAAAGGGAUAGUGGGUUUAGCUGUGAAACCCAGGAUUUUUCUUUAAGUGCUACUCCAAGAGCUUUUUUAUGGUGAGCAGAAAGAUCUAGGCAGAGCAUCUAGGAGCCGCUUGCUUUUUUGCUGUAGAAGGCCAACUUGACACCUGUAUACACCAACAUGUUUCUCAAAGGGGUGGUCGUUUUCUCAAGGAGAAUUUCAGAAUCAUCUUCUCUACUCUGUGUUUGAAAAUCUUUCUGGUUUCUUUUCUCUCUAGCUUUUUCCUAGCUAUGCUGCUAGCCUGUAAAUAUGUAAGGGAGCAGUGUGUUCAAAAGAGAAUUCACAGCUUCACAAAGCAGCCUUUUGUGGUUUGAAAUUGCAUACAACAUCUAAUGAGAAUACACUUAGGAAACCAGAUUUAUCUGGAAAUUCAAUAAAUUAUAUUAAAAUGAAAUAAUUUAUCAAAUUCAAGAAUAGCCUAAAUAUCCACACUGCAUGUAUAGCUGACAUACGAGUAUGUCCUCUGAUGUUUUAGGCCUCAUUCAUUCUUCCAUGCCAUGCCCCUUGGGGAUUCUCUUGUCCAGAAUAUGUGCCAUAAAGAGAACAAAUGGAUCCAGAGUAUACCUCUAAUAGCCUUGACCUAAAUGGGGUACCUGUCAAUUAUGUGUAGAGAUUUAUGCUAAUGGGCUUAUCCAGAUACAAAUGCUGAUAAUAAUCCAUUAAUAUUUGAUGAUACAUAAAUGUUGUAUAUCUAUGUAUAGAAAGAGCAGGUCAGGUACAUAUACUGCAUCUGGUAAGGUUUAUAAAUCAGGACUUUGUCAAUACCACUUUGUCAUAGGCUUAUUUUUUUAGGAAUUAGAAUCAUUUCAGAGAAAACCAAUUAAAUAGAAAUUCAUCCUUUGCUUUUUGGGAAACCCAAGUGAGUGCACUCUUUAAGCAUUUACUAAAGUUGAACAAAUCCAACCCAAUCAGUGAGAAGAUAGCUUAUUUUUCAAAGUAAUGUCUUGCUUUAGAUAUUUGAGGAUAGGUUCCCCACCCCCACCCCCCAGUAUGAAGUACAUCAGAGGAUCUAGGCCACCAUUUUGUUUAUGUAAACAGAUCUUCAGUAAAGGACCUUAAGUAACUUUAGGACCUCAGGUAGCUAUCAGAUCCCGUUUUUCACUUCUCAUUGGGCAUUGAAACAUAGCCUGUGGUCUCCUUGGUUGCUGAAGUUACCAUGCUCUGCAAAAGACAAAUAUUUGUUUCUCCUCUCCAACCACUAAUUAGCCUGGAUGUUCACAAAAGCUUAAGGAAAAAGGUGCCAAAAUUCCUAGCUCCUGGAUUUAGACUCGUGGAAGCUGAGAAAGGCUUGAGAGAAAUUUAGUUCAUGCAGAGAUUUCUGGUAGUUGAUGCCAGAAAUCCCAAUGAUCAGUUGAUCAGGUGUCAAGGUCAUUUCUACUUGUGCAGGGGGAAGUAUGUUAUUUACAAAUGUAUCUAGUCGAAAAGCUUUGCAGAGUUGAGUGGCUGGGAAACUUAUCCUUUGGAUCCCCAACAGGAAAACCAAUCCUGUCUGCCAUGUUUAUCCAAAUAUCAUACUUCCUUUCUUAAUAACAAAAAUAUAAUUUUUAUUUUUGUCAGAAUCAAGGCUUCUGCCUAUGCAAUAUCUUCCCAUGAAAUACAGCAAUAAAUCCAAGUAGGUAUGCACAUGCUCAGAUAAUUCUCCAUGGUUCUAACCCUUGAAAAACAAGUCUCAGCAGCUCUUGCCUGGUUUGAUGACUAAAAGCGCACAGCAGUUGCACCCCAGGGAAGGUGGUUCCCCCCACUUAGCUGAUUUCUAACUCUCAGGGCCAUCAGUCAUCUGGGUUGCUGGUUUUGCUUCGCUUAUUCUCCAUGUGAACUCAUUCCAAGACAAGAAAAGGGAUUGAUUGAGAUUUUUUUGUUACUAUCAUACUCAUUCUUUGAAUAAGGAUAUUGGGGUCUGGGGACAUAAGAACAAGACUAAGUUAAAGCACAGCCUAAAGUGAGAGUUAAGUAAAUCUAGUUGUUGGAGAAGAUUAAUGUUCCCAAUAUUUGUAGUAAUUUCAAGUUAAACCCAGGAGAAUAGUCACCAACCAGGCAGGUGGCACUAGAGGCAGAUUGUUCUCCUUGGGUGUAGUGAGUUCAAAGCUGCUCAUGAAACAUUAGUUUAUGAUUUCUCUAAAAGAAAAAUCUUAUUUCCACUCUUCCUCCUUCCUAUUCCACUGCUUAAGAGAAAACUUAGUAAAUGACCAUAUAGGUUAGUAUGAGGAUUCUUUUUAGAAUAAAUAAUAAUCUGAAUUGAAGCCUAUCUGAUUUUAUGGCAUAGCAGAAUUAAUCCAGGAAUUGGCACAGAGAUGAUAAGAAACAGCAUAGUUUGGUAAAAGAAAUGUUUGACAUAGACUCUGCCCAGUUUUAGCUGUAUGACUUACACAAGCCACUUCUUGUCUAGAGCUUUAUUUUCCCUCACUUGAAAGAUGAAAAUGUUGAAUUAAAUGAUUAAAAUCCCGCUAGCCCUACAAAUUCCUGAUAUUACAAUAUGUUUUACUUUUUUCUUUCUUAAGAGAGUUACUUCUAUGAAAUAUCACUAUUUAUAUUUUAAGUCAGAGGGAUUCCAUUCUAACAAUCAAUUUAGAUUUUUCUCAUUCCCCUCUUUAAGCCUCUAUUUUAAAUUUAUAACAAGCUUGCUAAGUGGUCAUGUUAAUCUAUGGCUUGAGACACCAAUAAACAUCCUUUUGUAAAAGUUCCCUUUACCUAAACUCACUAUCCUAGUAGAAGUAGUGAUUCAGCUCAGGGAAAACUGCCGCCAGAGUCACCGUAAGGGACCGGAUGUGUCUAUUGCUGCACACAAUCUUUUGCAUCAUUCCUGCUGUAGCAACAGAGCCCAUUCCAAAUACCCAAACCACAUAAUUUUAUCCAAAGGCUCCUAAUUGCCAACCCAGUAUGGGAAUUUGGGAGCCUUUGGCAAAUAAAGUUGAGCACUCAUGAAAUUUGGUGCAAGACUUACACAAUCGCAGAAAUAGUCUGUAAAUACCUUCCCUCCUCCGCAGGUAUGCAGACAUGCACACCCAUGUACAAGUAAGCUGAGCUGAGCCCUUUCUCUGGAGGGAUAGGCAAGGAUAUUUGAUUGAACUCAUUUCUAUGUUUUCCACUUGAUUUUCUUGGAUCAUGGGCAUCACACUGCAGCUAGAGAAGCUCUAACUUAGGUGGAUGAAGUUUUGCUAUCACUUCCCUUUUCAACGCCUGUGGAGUUUCUAGUGAGUAGGAUACAAGGCGUGGUCCACAGGUUUCGUGUCACCAGCCAUGACCUUCAAACAACCUCCUGUACUUUCUGGCAUUAUUGCAAUGGGCCAUUGCUUGCCUCUUUGCCCUAUGUCCAACCUUCUCCUAAAUACAGAGUGGAGAUGCUAUUGCUUGUGUGGUGAGCGCAUUUAUUGCUAGAGAACACUUCAUUUCUUCAGAUUUUGGGAAGUGAGGUGUAACUCUAGGACUGGAUUUCAGGAUUUUUAUUUGUUGUUGUUGUUGUUGUUUACUUGUUUCUUCUAUCAGUUUAAAAGACCUGAUAUGAGAGCAGCAAGAUAAACAGUUUUUCAACUGACCCUCAGAAGAACCUGUAGGAAAGUGACAGAAGUCCCUAAACUCACAUUCCAUUUACUCUAAAUAAUAUCUUGAAUAAUUACUGUUCACUUCUUUUUUUUUUUUUCUGAGUCCAGCCUUGCUUCACCUUCCAAUCUCUGAGCCGACUCUCUAUUUUAAUAUUUUUAAAACUUUUCAGUUGUUACGCAGGGAUUUUUUUGUGCUAAGAAUGAAACCUACUCCUGGAACAGACCUUAUCACUUGGCACAGCCAGCACUGGACCUUGACAAUGGGUAACCGCAGGUCCCCAGUUGCUCUGGAGACGCUUCCAAUCCCUGGGUGAGUGUUGGAACCUAACAACUGACUGUUACCCUUGUCAUCAUCCCCUGUGGAGUUGGGGAUGAUGCAGCAUGAGCCUUGCUACUUGUGGGGCUCUGUUUCUUCUCAUGGCAACUAUUUAGCCAGCCUGGAAACAGUCUGUUGCCUUUGAUAGGGGACAAACAUACUCACCAGCCAAACAAGUUGGACCAGCACAUCUCUGAGGUUUCUUCCCCGUGGAGCAAAUUCUCUGAGAUGUACAAACAGAAAGCUAGCUCUCUGGUGGCUUAGGACACCACGAGAUCGCUUUCCUCACUAGGAACUCAUCCUUUGGCAACCAGAUUCUUCUACAAAUCACCUUAAUUCCCUCCCUUCCUCCUUCCCCUAAAAAAAUCUCAGCAUUGCAUCUCCAUGUUGCACAACACAGAUCAGAUUAUCUGGUCACUAUAGAGAUUUGUAUAUAAAAAAAGCUACUUUUUGGAGAAUUUUUGUAUAUUGUUUUUCUAUUUGUUUUCUACAGCUUGAGGAGAGAGCUGGCAAACUGUGAAUCUAAUUUUAUCUUGCUGCCAGCAGAUACCUAUUUUUUGGCUUCCUGGUAAGAGUCCAUGCUACCAGGGACAAUCUAUUGUUAUCUGAUCAGUAUUACACCCCAAAUUACGAUAAAUUACUUCAGCUCAGUUUUACAUUCUUUCUUCAACAAAUCCCCAAGCUUCUUUACUAUUAUUUAUUUUAAAAAGCAUGAGAAUAUGUAUUUAUAGUCCUGGAUAUUAUAUGUUUAAUAUUAAUUUAGCCUUUCAUAAUGUUAUAGGUUUGUAUCUAUUCUUCAGAAAUCAUAAAGAACUCAGUGGAGACUGAAUUCAUCUAUUUAGUAUCUGUAAUUUUGCAGACAGAUAUUUUCUUAUUAUAUUUUCUAUAUAACCACAUAUGUAGAACUGUAACUAAUAGAGCACAAAAAGUUUCUAUGACAACCUAGAGCUAUCAGUUGUUUUCUGAGCAUUUAGCCACGUUCAAAAAAUUUAAGAACUUAGUCCUCAGUGAUCCAGUGAAUAUCACCAUUCAGAACAAAGAAUUGCUUAAAUCAAGUGGUUAAGAUGUAUGUUUGAACAAUCUUUCUAACUCACAGAAUGGUGCUCAUUUUUAUUUUUGACACCAGGCCUUGUUUUUCCAGCUGAUCAUUCUAAGUUUUUGCUUUUCUCUAAGAUCAUCAAAAGCAAAAUGAUAAUAGUGCAAUCAUUUCUACAUCACAAUCUCUCAUGCCUUUCUAAAUGUUUAUGUGAAAAUUGGCUUAGAAAAAUUUUGAGUAGCAAAGACUAAGAAUGAGUGCUGCGAGGGAAAUCAGGACAGAUUUAUUGCAGUUAAUUCUUGCUAAGCAAAAUGACAAUAAGUGUCACACUAUUAAAUGAAUUGAGCACAUUAUUUUUUAAAUAAAAAAGUUCAUACUGGUUAUGAAGCAAUGCUGUAUGUAUCACUGGGGACUGGAGGUGGGAGCUUAGAGUCACAGUGAAAUUGUUUAAGAAGCCCGGGUAGUUUUUGUCCUCAGGUGAAUAACAAACUAUAUAAUCUUCCUAACAGAUAAAUCAGUAGUCACUGAAAAGACGAGGUAUCUUUCCUCCGCCAAACACAGUUUCUGAGAUGGUGGUAGGACUAGUAUUUUUACCAUGUUUUAAGCAGUAGUCAGUUAUAGAGAGAGUGUACUAGAUGUAUUUGAACCUGCUCCUCAUUAAGCAAACAGAUUAGAUGUGCCCUCAAUUGGAUAGGAUUGCAUCUGUUUUCAAGUACAGCUAGCUGUCAAAGCAUGAAGUUCUUGUGUUUACUCACUGAUGCUUGGUCCAUGCAUGAAGAACAGUGCCUAUGCACUUUGUGUAGCUAUAAUGUAGGUAUCUCUGUGUAAUUUCUGUGAAAUGGUGUAUAGAUGUAUUGUAAUUUAAUUUAAAUGUUACUUUUCGCUGUUCAUCUAGACACAAUAGGCAUGUUGAUUGGUGUUUUGUAAACCCUUCUUUUUCUUCUUAGAUACCUAGCAGUGAAUCAUUUCUACUCUUUCUUAAUGUGAUUUGGGGAUAUGUAUCAGUGAAUAACUUAUCUAUGAAACCAUUGUACCCAUGAUUGCUUGAAUGUCUGUAUGUGUCCAGCACCUUUGUAAAUACACAAUUCAGAGGAGGGAUGGGUUGGAUGAGUGUCCUGGUUCUUAGUGAAAGGACAUUUGUUGUCUAUAUAAUACUUGAUGAAUAUAACUGUGGAGCUUUCCGUGAUCUAGGCUUAGGUAGGUAUAGAGUGAGGACAUUCACCUACAGUCCUUUGUUUGGUGGAUGGAGCUCAGAGAGACAAAGGAUUAGUUUUCUCUUGUGCAUGUUACCAUCAUGUCUUUAGGGAAGGAUCAGCCUCUCUGGUUGCCAAAUAUUCAUCCUAAUGUAUGUGACCUGAAAGUUCUGAAGAGCCUUGUCCCACUUAGCCUCUUGAGUUAGAAUGGGAAAAAUAUUUACUGACUAGCUGUAGGUGAAACCCCAUAGAAGCACAGUUCUGGCAGCAAAUGGCACAGUUGUCAUAGAAAGAUUGAGUACUAGAAGCACAGGAACAGUGUACAACUUUGGGGGUUGCAGGUAGCAACUGCUGAAGCACAGAUCCUAUAUAUGUGAAGGGAGUAUGACCUCCUCUACCCACGUGCUCUGUGUGUAUGUUUGGAAGUGACUGAAGAUGAGAUUAACGAAUGAAAUUAUACACUUGCCUCCAGAAACACACAUUCUGUCUAAUUAGCACUAAAUGCAAUGUCUAGAGCUCCUUCCCCAAGGACAGAGAAGAAAUAGCAACACUGAGUGCCCCUCUUUUUUUCUCAAGGGCACAAAGCCCAGGAUCAUGAGGGCAUAAAGCUCAUUAAUUUGCAAUGGCUUCUUUGGAUGAGUGGAAUAAGCGGAUAUGGUGGAUGGGCAUAUUUUUCCUUGAAAAUGUGGCUUCUUCAAAUUCAAGAUGAAAAACUUACUGAAAAAAAUUACCCUUAUAGGUAAGAUUAUCCUUGAAGAGUCUUGUAUAUCCAGAAUGAAAGAUGAGAAUAAUUGUUUUCCUCACACUCACAAUCCUUACUUAGCUGAAGCCAUGUUGUAUAGAGCAUCUAUAGCACAUUGUAUUUAAAGACUAAUGUAAAAGAUAAAAAGUUCAACUAAUUUUUGGAUUGUUUCUUAUAAAUGGUACUAGGAAAUGCCUUGUUGGCAAAGCACAUUUUGGGUAGAUGAGGUCUUUCAUUUUCACCUUUAGCUUUCUACACUUUCUUACAAUGUUGACUGAUUACUGUAACAUUUCAUGUGUAAAAUUACUGGGUACUCUUUGUAUGCUGGAAGUAACCUGUGAAUUCAAAAUUUCACUAAGUGUUUUAACCUUCAUGUAUAUAGUUCUCAUCAAUAAAUGUGGAUUUCAAUUUC